ACAAAGCUUCCCCGUCCUGGCCAGUAUUAGGAGACGCUGCCCCUUGGCCGUGACCAGACGAUGGCACCAAAUGGUGGGCGUGGGGCUGGGAGUGUCCCUGUGUGCAGUCCCAGUCGUGGAGAAACAGAACUCCGCUUCUCUCAGUAACGAGGCCUUGAUCAAAAAAAAAAAGGUUUCCUUGGUGACGGACAGUACUUCUACACUCCUCUCUCAGACAACAUACGCGCUGAUUGAAGCACUGACAGAGUACACAAAGGCAGUUUAUACGCUGGUGUCUCUCUACAAGCAAUAUGCAAAUCUUCUUGGGAAAAUGAAUUCGGAAGAGGUGGAUGCAGUCUGGCAGGUGGUGAUAGGAGCCAGAGUUGAUGUAAGCAAUUGUCUCCCUACAGUCUGCACUCUAGAAUCCAGCUGGAUGACGGCGCUGCGCCUUUCAGAGAUGGCAGCAGAAGCUGCGUAUCAGUCGGGUGCAGACCAAGCCUCGGUGACAGCCCGCAGCCACAUUCAGCUCGUGAAAUCACAGGUGCAAGAAGUGCGACAGCUUUCCCAGAAAGCAGAGACCAAGUUAGCUGAAGCUCAAACAGAAGAGCUCAUUAAAGCUCAAGGAGAAGAAUCUUCAUUGCCACAGGGUAUUUUUGGAAGCACGGAGGCUGGUGAGGACCCUUACCUUCGGGAGGACUGA